CUGGCCACACCGGUCAAAUGGUUUGAGUUCGGGCUGCAAUCACAAGACACCCAAAAAAAAAAAAAAACAAAGUAAAUAAAUAACAUAAAUACAUCCAAUUGCAAACGAACGAGCAAAAGUCCCAGCCAAGCGGCCAUGUCGUGGGUCUCCGACUACAAGUACACCUGGACGGAGCGGUUCGCGAUGCGGACGCUGCGCGCCUGCGGCCAUAUUCCGCACCACGUCGCCUUCGUGAUGGACGGCAAUCGGCGGUUCGCCCGCUCGCAGCAGAUAGAUAAGAUCGAGGGCCACUCGCGGGGCUUCGAGAAGCUGGCCGAUUGCCUGCGCUGGUGCCUGGACAUCGGCGUCCGCGAGGUGACCACCUUUGCCUUCAGCAUCGAGAACUUCAAGCGCUCCAGCGAGGAGGUCGAAGGUCUCUUCAACCUGGCCCGCGAGAAGUUCGCCCGCCUGCUGGAGGAGACGGCCCGCCUGGACGAGCAUGGCAUCCGCAUCCGGGUCAUCGGCAACAUCGAACUGCUGCCGCUGGACCUGCAGAAGCUGGUGGCCUCGGCCAUGCUCAGCACGGAGCGCAAUGACAAGCUCUUCCUUAACGUGGCCUUUGCCUAUACGUCGCGGGACGAGAUUACGCAGGCCGUGGAUACGGUUCUGCGGCACGGCUGCCGGGAUCUGGCCGCCGAGGACAUAAGCGAGCGACUGCUGGCGGAGUGCCUCUACACACGGCAUUCGCCGCCACCGGAUCUGGUGUUCCGCACCUCCGGCGAGACCAGGCUGAGCGACUUCAUGAUGUGGCAGCUGAGCACCUCCGUGCUGUACUUUAGCAACGUCCUGUGGCCGCAGAUCACGUUCUGGCACUUCCUGGCCAGCAUUCUGGCCUAUCAGCGCGACCGCUGGCAGCUGGAGGACUUCCGGCGGGCGGAGAGGAUGCAGAGCGUUCAGCUGGCCAAGACGAGCGACUUCUACAGCGAGCGGGUGCUGAAAUUCCUGGCCACCAUCGACGAGGACCGGCGGAAACUGCUCGUCCGACUGGCCGCCAACUAACGUCCUUAGCUCCCUCCGAUUUCUGCCUGUGAAUGUUUGUAAUAUGAGUGGGGAAUAAAUUCGUGUAAAUACCAUAUACAUAUACGCACGGCUGCGACGGACUUGCAGCCUACUUCGCCAGGCUUUCACAUUUCAAUAUGUGUUACCUACGAAAUGUCUUCACUUAGUUGCACUUGUUGAAGACAUCCAACUGGUUUGUGGCCGAUUUGUGCGCUUAUAUAGCUUAUUUGCAAUUUUCAGUUAUAUAAUAAGUACCAUAAAGUGUUUGCCUUCCGUUUGAUUAGUAAAUUAUGAAAUUGAA